GCCUUGAAGCAGUUCGCUGCGAACAGCGCGCAGAAAACCCGCAAGUCGACUCUGGAGCUCGCCUUUGCGGUGCGCCAAGCGGCAACGGCCAGAGUUCUUGCCGUGAAGGACCGUGUGGUCAUGGCUCGCUCUCAGGUUCAUGCCCAGGCCAGCAGCGCCGUUGUCAACGCCAAGGCCAAGGCACUGGAGGUCUCGGGGAAGGCCAAGCAAGCUGCCAAGGAUGGUCAUGUGCAGGCAACUGCGGCUGGCAUUGCAGGUGGCGCAGCAACCCUUGGUGCCGCAGGCGGCGCCACCGGCUUGGCCUCGGGCGUCGCCGUCGGUGCAGCCCUGGGCGUCGUCCCUGCCCUGUUCACGUUUGGCCUUUCCAUCCCCAUCGGCGCUGCCAUCGGAGGUGGCACCGGACUG